UUGGAAAAUUGUUCAAGUCUCAAAACUACAGUUACAAAUGAGCAUCACAACAGAAGACUCUCUGUUUAUUUAGUGGAGUAUUCCUCUUCUCUUUUUCAACAUAUACCAUGGAUAUCACAAUCAAACAUUGCAAUUAUUGGUAAUCUUCCCAAUUUUGAUUCAAUGAUUGAUCAAGUACAAAGUGAUAACAUUGGAAAAAUCUUUAAAAACUUUGAAGUUGUUUACGGACAACAUGGUAGUGGGAAGAGUCAUUACAUCAGGGACUGCAUUAAAAAACAUAGAGAAAACCACUCUACUGGAACAAAUUUUGCUAGUUAUGUGAAGAUAUUGAGCAUUAACGAGACAUUUAACAAGAUGCGAUUUGUUAGAAGAUUUAGAAAUGACUCCUUGAACACAUUUGAUGUGUUAAUUUACUUGAAUAUUAAUUUGGUUUGGCCACAGAGCAAAGAUUAUCAAGCACUGUUUGAUGAGCUAGUGGAUGAGAUUAAUUGGUUCUUUUUUGACUAUUUUAUUCUUCAUUAUGUUGAAGUCAUGGAGUACAUGUCCAGAGAUGGUUCAGCCUGCACUUCACCCGAAUGUUUAUCACUAGUCCUUCCUGAAGGGACAUCAAUAUCAGUUUAUGUUGAAGCACCAUUCUGGGAUAUUCCUCUUAUACAAGAAGUUAUGGAUCGCAGAGUAUCCAUUGAAGCUUCUAAUGAUUUUUCUAAUAAAUCAUUAAGCACCUAUUCUCGUAAUGAUUCUGUGACUUCAGUGGAUGAGGAAUCGCUCAAAAGAUCAUUAAAAAAAUUUGAUGAGAUUUUUCCUGUUUUUGCUCUCCUUGGCAAGAAAACACAACCUCCAUCACUUUACGAUGUUAGCAGCAGUGGAGUCCAGUUAGUCUGUAAGUAUCUCAAGGGAUAUCAUGACAAGAACUUGGAUCAUCUUAUGAAACGUGAUAACAAAAUAAUUAAGAUUGAUAAAAUUAUUAGUGAAACAAUGGCAGAAAUUGUUUGUGGCAUUCUUUAUGGUAGACUAAGGGAAACUUUUUAUAAAAUUAACAUUCAUUCAGCUAUGACUGCAAAAGAAGUUGAGAAUUUCUUCCGUGAUGUUCAAAAGCAUGCUGAGUCAUUGAACUCUUACUAUGAAAAUUUUAUUCAGCAUUCUCCUGAAUUAAAGACACUUUAUCAGAAGCCAAUCUUAACAGUAUUUUUAGAUGAAAUUAACACUUCAUGUUGCCCUGGUUUUAUGAAAGAGAUUAUCAUUGAUGGCACAAUUGAUGGAAGAUCUAUUUCUACUUCUGGAAAUAUCUUCAUAGUUGCUGCCUGUAAUCCUCAUCGGGCCAAUAGUUUAGCAGUAGUAACCAAAUCAGCUCAAAAAGAAAAGAAGGGCUGGUUUAAUCCUACGUAUUACGUUCAGAACCUUCCACCAACACUCAAGCUUAUAAUGUGGGAUUACGGCCAAUUGCAAAAGGGAGAUGAAAAGGAAUACAUUAAGCAAAAGUUUCGUCUUGAAUACGAAGACAUGCCUCAGCUUGAAUACUCCUUCCUUGCUGAGCAAAUAGCUAAAGCACAGGACCUUAUCCGAGCUUUUGCCUGUGAAAACCUUAUCCUAGAGGGUGUAAAUGAAGAAGAUGCUAAACUUUUUGCUCAGAGCACAGUCAGUCAAAGAGACAUUAAAAGAGUUUUUCAGUUGUACUCUUAUCUCAAGAAAUGGUUCACAUGUGACACAAAAUAUGGACAUGAGUCUGAAUUUAGGAUUUCUGUUCGUGCAGUUUUUAUAUCAUUGGCACUAGUGUAUUAUUUUCGUUUGAGUGACGAAAUUAUAAAGUCUCAAAAAGCAGUCCAACCUGGAGGAGAAGAAAAGAAAAGUUUUCGGAAGCGUUUUAAACAGAUCAUGCAUGAAAAACGUACCAUUGGAGAGUGUGGCAUUCCUGUAACUUUUAAUGAAGCAUUGUCUAAUGAGCUGACUUGG